GUUAGUUAAAGUUAAGUUAGCUAGCAAUCUUUUUCUUCUUUCGUCAUGGGAUUGUGGUGAUAUUUUAAUCCCUGUUUUCUUUGCUCUUGCUCUCACAGUUUAACAAUAUGAAGGACUUUUAUUAUGGAGAAUCAGGUGUGUUGUGUUAGCUGUGGUAGCUAGCUAGUUAGUGCUAACACUGAGAACUGGUGAAAAAAGUAAAACGUAAACAUGUCUGUUAAUGCUUGGAUAAAAAAACAUUAAAUAGUACAUUUGCAUUAGCUCGCGGCAAAGUUUUUUUCUAAAUAAAUAAUGGUGGCGUAGACAGACAGCUAACUAACCGCUAGCCGGCUAACUAACCGCUAGCCGGCUAACUACUUCUUCACUGAAUGCUGUGUCCGGCUAACAGCUAAUCAGUUAGCCUGUUAGCAUGUUUUUUUUUUUUUUCAAAGAGAGGAGGUUUUUAAAUACACAUUACAUUGGAUGAAUACGUUUUUCAGCUGCCAACAAAACUACCAAAAUAUUAUUUUGUAAAAUUAACCCAGUAAUUUAAUAACAAUUAUUAGACUUUUAUUAUUAUUAUUUAAAUAUUCCACAAAGAGGAGCUGGUCACAGGAAAAUUGACGUUGUCGGUUCAUUGGUUGAUUCCCGCGUCGCGUUACAGCGCGUCAUCAGGAAGGCUUGUUGGUAGCAGUGGUGAGUUGGAGCUGCAGAAAGAGUUUAAGAAACGAGUUUUUAAUAUUUUAGUAUUUAUGUCUUAAUCAAGUGAUAAAAAAUGAAGGCGUCGGGCUCGACGUUACUGCGCUAUGUGGUGUUAACGAGCGCGCUGGUCGGGGCCUUUGAGCCCGUCAGCACGGCGGUGGUGGCCGGGAUGGGAGCCGCAGCGCUUGGAAGGAAGCUCUACCACUACCUGUACGAGAACUGCGAUGGAAACUGGAUUAACUUCAACUCCUCCGCUCUGGAGGUGGACCUUCAGGCGAAGCUGUUUGGACAGCAUGUGGCCACCCGGGUCAUCCUGAAGGCAGUUUCAGGCUUCAUGAACAAUGAGAACCCCAAGAAACCACUGGUGCUUUCCCUGCAUGGCUGGACCGGCACGGGAAAGAACUUUGUGAGUCAACUGAUUGCAGAGAGCAUUUACCGUAAGGGAAUGUCCAGCGGAUUUGUGCACCUGUUCACAGCCACAGCCCAUUUCCCACAUGAGAUGCAUCUGGAAUCAUACAAGACACAACUGCAGCAGUGGAUAAAGGGUAAUGUGACCAACUGCCCUCGAUCUAUGUUCAUAUUUGACGAGAUGGAUAAGAUGCACCCUGGCCUGAUUGACAGCAUAAAGCCGUACCUGGACUACUACGAAACCCUGGAUGGUGUAUCCUACAGACAAGCCAUCUUCAUCUUCCUCAGCAAUGCUGGAGGGGAGAAUAUCGUACAAGUGGCUUUAGAUUUCUGGACUGCUGGAAGGGAUCGAGAGGAGAUCGAGCUGAAGCAUCUGGAGACAGCCCUGUCUCUGUCUGUUUUUAACAACAAGAAUAGUGGUUUCUGGCACACAAGUUUAAUAGACAAGAACCUGGUGGACUACUUUGUACCGUUCCUCCCUCUGGAGUACAAACAUGUGGUUCAGUGCGGCAUGGCCGAAAUGCAUGCUAAAGGCCGGACACCUGACAUGGAUGUUGUAGACCAAAUGGCUCGGGACAUGAGCUUCUUCCCCAAGGAGGAACGUGUGUUUGCCAGACAAGGCUGCAAGGUCAUCUCCAGCAGACUGGACUUCUACAUCUGAAUGCUUUGGAACAGUGUGAACUUCUCUGUGGGACUGCACUGGUUUACAAUGGAUGGGCUUAAAUACAGGCCUAACACUACUGCUUUCCUAAAUGGAAUGUGCCAUUUUUGUGCAUUUUAUGUUUCAUAUUGUGUUUGGAUGAAGGAACAGAAGAGGGGGGGGUGUUGGAACCAUGCCUGCCAGGAAAUGUUCAGCACUUGUACAGACCCUUCUUAAAGAAGCCAAAACUUCGCCUGGACCUAAUUCUAAACCGGAAAAAUGGCUGGCUUCUGAUGGAGGGGCAAGGUGGGGUGGGAAUACAGCGGGGGUACUUUUUAAUCACUCGCAAGGGUCCUUCUGUUUUUAAGAAAAAGUUAAUUAAUUGAGAAUUGUGACAGCUUAACCCCUUGUUUUUAAAGGGGGGAUCACAUUCUCUAGAACAGGGUAAAUGAAUUGCGAAAAAAAACCCCAUAAAUGGUCAUUUUUUAUGACCGGGAGUUGUGCGUUGUCGUGCACUGCUGAUAAACAGUAAUUCUUUUUAGAUUUUUAGGAUUGUUGGCAUUAAUUGUAUUGUAUUUACAUCUGUAAAUGGAAAUUGCAACACAAUGCCUUAAUGUAAAUUUUGAGUCUGAGAAUGCCUUUAAAUUUGUAAAAUGUUUUAUGUUUUCAUAUCAAGUCUGGUUAAAUCCACAAGGUAGAGUCACAGCUUGAAUUGUCAUCUAUAUGCAAAUCGAUUUUGACCGUUAUGGGGGAAAAAAAACAUUCAAUACAAUGGGAGGAGAAUGCUAAUGUCAAUCUUUUUUGUGGCAGCACUACUUACUACUCUUAAAAAGUUGACCGCACUGCUUUUUUGGUACUGUAACACUCAGUCAUUGAUCAUGUUUUGUGUUGUAUGUAAAAGGUGGAACUGUGUUGGGGGAUAAGCCUGUGUGAAAAGCAUUGCUAAUGCCAAUCUCAAUCCUGAUGAAAAUGAAGAAUUCCACUUAUUCAGCCUAAAACCUGUAGUGUGCAGUAUUCCUCAUUCAUUUCAUCAACCUCAUCGGUUUGACAGCAUUCAUCAUUUUCAAAUUUUAUUUAAAAGAAACAGCCCACAUUAAGAAAAGCAGUUGUGCUGCAUUUUUAACAGGCAGAACAAAACCAUUUACCAAAAUAAGUCAUCUCCCUAUUAUUAAUUAAAAGCUUGUUUUAUAAGAGAGUAAAUUGCAUUAUUGUGCUAUAUCAGUGGAAUUAAAAGACCACAGUUAUUUCCGGGACAGUAUCUGACCUGAGUGGACAUAUAUAUGCAUGCCAGGUUUACAAUAUGCAAUUUUUGCACUGUUUUGGGAGAUUAGUGGCAAAAGCCUACACACUACACAUAAUCUGCUGAACAACACACUUCAAGUUAUCACUGAUGCCUCCCAAGCCUCUGAUCAACAUCUAGCAGGUUUAAUAUUUAAAUCUGCCAGCGAAUUUAAUUCCGUUAGUGUGAAAAGUAUCAUCUCUGCAAAACCUAGCUACAGCCAAUGAGCAUGCAAUACACAAGGAGAAGGUGGAGUCACACACACACACAAAACUUGUUUAGGUUCCUUUUCAAGGCACUUCCACAUUGAACAUAGUAUGCUGGGCUCCUUUCCCCUCUGCUGGACACUAGCUAAUUGUGGUUGCAUUGUGCUGCUACUGCCAUCAAGCGUAACCUGCUGAAUAUAGGCAGGGUUUUUUUUAAUACAUCACAUCUGCAACCAGUGUUGUGCUGUAUGGUGUAGCUACAGCUUCUAUAGAUCUGUAUCUGUCUCUCAACACCAGAAUAAAGCUUUGAUUCUGGUCUC